AUGGCAAGAACAUUGGCGGAACACAUUUCCGUACAGAAAGUCCGAGACCAUUAUGUCUCCACGUACACGCCACAGCGCAUGGGAAACUCGGCACCCAUAGGGUAUGGGGGUUACGCUAUUGCCCUGGCAAUUCACGCCGCGUACAAAAGCUCACCGGAGGGCUUUCAUUUGUACUCCGCACUCGGGAAUUUCCUUCGGGCAACCAGUACAGAAACGACCCUCAUUUGCACACCGAUCCAACUCCGGAAAACGAAGAGUUUCGCCACAUACCGCGUCACAGUCGAGCAACGGACCGAAUCGAAUGGCGAAUCAAGGCUAUGUAUGGAACUUUUGGCAGACUUCCACAAAGACGAGCCAGCCGUCCUCACCUAUUCAGCACGCCCCACUCGGGCGUAUAGCCACUGGCAGGAUUGCGUCCCCUGGGAUCAGAUGUUGGUCACCGAUGUGACGACGGGAAAGAUAACGGCAAAUCAGUCCAACACGUUCAACAAAAUGUUUGCACUAUCCAGAAAUCUUUACGAAGGUCGACCCUGUCCUGAAGGUAUUACGUCUCAGAAUUUGAUGGGCGUGGUCAAAUCAGUCGAAAGCAACCAAGAUGACCUACCUGUUACUCAAAAGGCCUCGGCGGAUUGGCUCCGUGUGAAGCAUCCCCUCCAGACUGAGGGGGAACACGUAGCGAGCUUGGGAUUUAUGAUGGACGGGCUAUUGUCCUUUCUGCCAUUGGUGCACAAUCACCUCUUCUUUGAAGAUGUUGAUGCAUGUUCAAGCCUUGACUUUGCACUGAGGCUUUUCUCGCCAAAUGUCAAGGUGGACAACUGGCACUUGAGGGAAGCUACAAGUAGUCGGGCUGGACACGGUCGCACCUAUAGUGAGAGCAAUCUCUGGGACGAAGAGGGACAUUUGAUUGCCUGUAUGAGUCAACAGUCGAUUCUGAGAGUUCCUUCCAACAAGCCGAAGAUGUAA